AUGUCUGGGGAUAUGGAUGUUCCAGUGAAAAUAGACGUUCAGGAAGGCCGAGGAGAGGAUGGAUCGUACAAAUAUUCCUUUACGUAUGAAAGAGCGACAUUGUAUGAAUUCAGAUUUGAACGAAAACCAAAUCCCGACCCAAAGGACCCUUGCUUUCGGUGCUACCGCAGGGUUCGAACAUCAGAUCAAGUCAAUGUUGGUGUUUUAUUCCAUAAACAAUGUUUUCGGUGUCGGAUAUGUGGACUUCCGUUGACAAUGCAGACAUUCCACAGAAACGAUGCGAAUGGGACUUCAGACAAAGAAGUUUAUUGCAAAUCUCAUGUGGGUAAACUUUUGGACCAGGUCCGAUAUGAGAGACAACCAUUAGACAUAGAGAAUGCUUUGCCGUCCACGGGAUAUGUUAUACAGCUACCAGGAGAAAAUAACAAGAAUCUUUCGAGAAGUUCUAGUCCCAAGCCAGUUCCGAGCCCUCGAAAUAGCCCAAGGGUUAGUCCGAAGAUAACAAGAGCUUCAACACCUAGAGGAAACCUCACAACAGACUCAAGCCUGGUCAGCGUUACACCUAGGAGUACCAUGAAUGAUAUAUCAAGUUUCAUGCAGACGCCUCAUAGCUUGGACUAUAGUACCAUGUCAGCAACCAGCUAUCUAAGACCAAAACCACCACUGCAAAGCUUUAGUGAUUUUGAAACCAGUGGUGUUUUCCAAGGCCAAUUCAUUUUGGAACAGAGACACAAAGAAGAGGAAGAAAGAUUACAACGAUUUUUAUUGGAGGAGAGAGAAAAAGAAAUGAGAAGAUUGGAUGAAACCAUUGGUUACGAAAAAGAACGAGCAGCAUCCGAGCUUCUGUCAAGUUUUGAGCAGAUGUCUCUUUCCGGAAGUACUCCAAAUUUAAUGGCUGAGAGGGAAAGGAUAGAGGAUCACUUCAGACGUAUGAGAGAAGAAAAACUGAAAACAAUGAUGGACAAAAUAUCAACAGAGGAGAAAACUAGAACAGCAAAGAUGCUGGAUCGUCAUGGAUUUGAAAUGAUGCUGUUGAUUUCGGAGAAGGACAAGGAAUUUGACAGAACAGCCAUCUAUGACCAUUCAAUGAAACCUGCAACAAUGGCCCCAGAAACAAAGAAAGGAGAACUAUAUAAGUCACCAGAAGUUUUUGAACAUUUUGAUAAACGUGCUAUAGAGUGUGCCAAUCAGGACUACGGUUCCUUUACAGAUCUGAUCAAGGAUUUAACACGUGAAUGUGAAACUGAACUUGAAAAGGCUAGAGUUAUAUUUCGGUGGGUGAUAGCCAAAGAUCUGAGUAAACACAAUGUAAAUGAAAUAAUCAGACCAAAUAUGCAAGCCAUGACAUUACUAAAGGGAGUACGGAGUGGUAAAGAGACAUACCAUCAACUCUUUAAAAAACUGUGCAAUUUUGCAGGUCUGCAUUGUGAAAUUAUUUUGGGAUAUUCCAAAGGUGCUGGUUACAAACCAGGAAUGAAAAUGGAAAGCGGGGCAUUCAGGAAUUCAUGGACAGCGGUAGCAAUCGAUGGUAACUGGCGUUUUGUUAACUGCACGUGGGCGGCACGUCAUGUGUCAGGACAUAAAGAUGACUUGCCCGAAAUGUUCCACAAAUAUGACGAAUUCUAUUUUUUGACUGAUCCAGAGGAUUAUAUUUAUCAACAUUAUCCAGAUGAUGCGUCAUGGCAACUGUUAGACAUACCACUUCCGUUUUCGGAAUUUAUUAAUUUACCGGUUGUUAAAUCUCCAUUUUUUAAUUACGGGUUAAAAUUUUAUUCAAACUAUGGAGGAACGUUGACAACUGACACAGGAAUGGUAGAAGUAAGAGUUGUGGCUCCGAAAAUAUUGGGUUUUGGAUCUUUAUUAGAGUCUUAUGACAAAUCUGUUGAAUCGAGGUUACUUGAAGGUCGAAUACUACUUCGUCAUGUGAAAAACGAGGUAAUAUUUACUAUCAACUUGCCAAGACGUGGACUAUAUUAUUUUUCUAUUUACACUGGUGAUUAUUGGCAUUCAGAAUGCCUAGAAAGUGCUUGUUCUUUUCUUGUAAACUGUACUCGUAUCAUAGGCGAACCUGCGCCUGCGUAUCCUCCGGUUCCGUUUUAUGGACCAACUCCAGUUAUGGAGAAUCUUAAUAUAUCUUGUGAAAACCAAGUGGAUCCACUGAUUGUAUCAAAUGGACAGAAUUUGGAGAUAAUAUUUAAACUUGACAAGGAAAACAAAAUAACCCACACUUUUCAGUUUUACGAUACAAGUGAUGAAUCAGUAACCGACAUUGAUCGCUACGUGUUUCUUAGGUCAAGAACGGACACACAUGCAACUUAUAUGAUUCGAUGUCCAAGGGAUGGUUACUACAUAUUUUCACUCUAUGCAUCAAGUUCUGACAAGGAAGGUCAGACUUUAGAUUGUGCAUAUCGUUAUCUAAUAAUAAAUCAGGAGGCUAACCCUACGGUGACUGUGUUCCCUAAAACCUACCAUCGAUGGCAGAGGUGCACACUCCACGAGCCAGUGUCAGGUGACUUGAUGACGAACAAACGCUACAUGUUUAGAUUGGACGUUCCACAAGCAGUGGAAGUGUUCCUUGUAAUAGGAGAACUUUGGUAUCAUUUAAAACGGAAGUUAGGAUUUACUUGGGAAGGUAAUAUUAAUACAGGGAAAACACGUGGAACAGCAAAAAUAUAUGCUAGAUUUACAGCCGAAAGAGAUGCAUCAAUAUUUGCUCAUUUGUUGGACUUUGAACUUGUAGAUGAUGGUGAAACGGAAAUAUGAUCUACUGUGGUUUUGCUUCUUGUUAAUUAAUUUCAACACGAAUGUGCAAUUUAUUGAUAGUUUUAAUUGAGUUAAUCAAAUAAAUUUAAAAUGCCAAAAAAAUGAAACUACUGAUGUGUAGAUUAAAUGCUCAUGAAAAUUGUAACAAGAAGAACAAAUUCAAACGAAGAGUUGAAUAAUUCAUGCCAGUUUCCAUACCCUUACAGAAUUUGCAAUGACGUUUUCGGUGAACUCGUUCAAAAAUUUGGAAAUAUAUGCAUAUUUAUUUUGCAUAUAAUUUUAUAAAUUACGCAAUAAGUAUAAGUAUAAUACUCCCAGAUAUUUAUCUUUAUAAAAUCUUAAUAAUUGUUACAAGCCCACGCAUGAACAUUAAGAAAUUUGAGUUUAAUAAUUUUUAAGCAUUGCUAGCAUGAAUCAAAUUAUAACCUUCUGUUUAAUAGAGACAAAUAGUGCUAUUUAUAAUCUUACAAAAUAUAUACACCAAAAUGCAAUCAUUUAAUGCAGGAUGUUGUCUAAUAUUGUUAUUAAAAUAACUGUGCUUAAUUUAUUAAAUGGCAGCUUUGUUAAUGUUGGUUAUAAUAUUAUGGAAUUAAAUUUAUAUGUAAUA